GAACUCCCGCCGGGAGAGUGGGGAGCCCAGGCUCCGCCCCGGCCCGCGCUCCGGGGCUCUGACUGGUGGAGCCUACGCGAGGGGCGUGUCCGGAGAGAGUGGGACAGCGGCGGAGUCCGCCGCGCCGCCGGGCCCGGACCCGAGCAGAACGCAACGACGAAAGUGGGCUCGCGGAGCGGGUGCCGGCGGGGUGCAGACGCGCAGGGACCCAGCGGAGGAGCUGCCGCCUCCCUCACCCGCCGCCCCUCCCGCAGCCCCGCGGCCAGAGAAGAUGGUGGAUUCCCUGGCCAACACGGAGAUCAACAGCCAGCGCAUCGCGGCGGUGGAGAGCUGCUUCGGGGCGUCGGGGCAGCCGCUGGCCCUGCCGGGCCGGGUGCUGCUGGGCGAGGGCGUGCUCACCAAGGAGUGCCGCAAGAAGGCCAAGCCGCGCAUCUUCUUCCUGUUCAACGACAUCCUGGUGUACGGCAGCGUGGUGCUCCCCAAGCGCAAGUACCGCAGCCAGCACGUCAUCCCGCUGGAGGAGGUGACCCUCGAGCCGCUGCCGGAGACACCGCGGGCCAAGAACCGCUGGAUGAUCAAGACGGCCAGGAAGUCCUUCGUGGUAUCGGCCGCCUCCGCCACGGAGCGCCAGGAGUGGAUCAGCCACAUCGAGGAGUGCGUGCGGCGGCAGCUGCGGGCCACGGGCCGCCCGCCCAGCACGGAGCACGCGGCGCCCUGGAUCCCCGACAAGGCCACGGACAUCUGCAUGCGCUGCACGCAGACCCGCUUCUCCGCCCUCACGCGGCGCCACCACUGCCGCAAGUGCGGCUUCGUGGUGUGUGCCGAGUGCUCGCGGGAGCGCUUCCUCCUGCCGCGCCUGUCGCCCAAGCCCCUGCGCGUCUGCAGCCUGUGCUACCGCGAGCUGGCCGCCUGCAAGCGGAGGGAGGAGGAGGAGGAGGAGCCGGGCGUGGGGUCCCCCGGGCAGCCGUCCUACCUCUCCGGGGCCGGCGCCGGGGCGUCCAGCGGGGACGAGGAGGACUCUGACGAGGACAAGGAGGGCAGUGGGGACGGCGACUGGCCCAGCCGCGUGGAGUUCUAUGCCUCGGGCGUCUCCUGGUCAGCCUUCCACAGCUGACCGUGUCUGCGGCCAUGACGGAGGGGCUUCCAGGCCCUUCUGCAUCCAGGCAGAUUCCAUGGUCCAGGCCCAGGCGAGGGCAGAGGUCCCAGGCUGCCCCCCGGCCCCCAGGACCCUUCCCCCACAGGUGGCAGGUGCAGUGGGAAUGGCUCUUUCUCUCUGGAUCCUAGUGCCUUUGUGCUGGACGUUGGCACCCUUCUUUUCUACUUCAGGUAGUUGUCUGUCCACCUAGCAAACCCAAAAGCUUUGGCCUCUUAGGAACAAAUAGUGCCUUUUCUCAGCCCUAGGAGCCGUAGUCCCAGAUGAUCCCUUGAGCUAGACAACCCGAGGCACCUUUCAGAGGACCAGAGGGAAGAUAGGACUGGAAUGAGGUCCCCUGAGGCCAUGCACCCCAGCACCUGCCCCACAGAAAAGCACACCCCCAGGGAAGACUGAGAGGGCUGGAAACAAGAUCUGCCCUCGCACCUUGCCUGGCUAGCUGGGCCUUCUCAGGCCAGGCAUGUGGGCUCACCUUGAGCCAGACAGACUGCCAUGCUGUGGGUGCCCACCAGGCGUGGGACUGCCCCCUGGCUCCCCGGGGGUCCCAGGCAUGUGCCCAGGCCUCUGGCCCCAUCUCCCUUCUCUCCAGGUGUCUAGGUGUCUGAUGCCCCUCACUCCAGCCCUCGUCUCUCUAUGGCUGAGGAAAGCGGUGUUUUCUGUUAGAACCCUUCACUGCCAGUGACAGAAACCCCACCCAGACUGACUUCACAAUAAAAAGAACGUUUAUUCACUCGUGUGGUCAAAAAGUUCAGGAGUGUCUUGCUUCAGACACGGCUCAUCAGGGGUUGAAACCAUGCGAGGUGGCAGAUGUCCACAACUGGGAACACUGGCAGCACAGUGGGUUGGGACAUUCAGGCCACACCUGGGCUGCUUCCUGAGAACAUGGCCCCAUCACCCUGGAGGCUCUGCCCAUGGCCCAGUGCCUGGAACCCUGUCCCCUAGGUGUGAAUCAUCUGAACAGAGGCACAGAGCACAAACCCAGAGCCACUCGUCCAGCUCUGCCUGGGCCUUCCUGGCAUAAAGCUGUCCCAGGCAGCCUCCUGCUUGGCCUGCCCCUGGGGAGGGUGCCGCUGACUGGGGAAGCCCCCCGUGCAGUGACUGGCCUUGCUCAGAGUGAGUGUGUCGAGGCUGGAGCUUCAAUGCCAGCCUCCUGAGGCCUGGCCCGCAGCUGGCGACACGGUCUCCUGAUUUGCUCCUGCUCUCAUCUCCCUGUUGCCUGGCUGAACUUGGCCAGAGCCCGCUGCGGAGGGGGAGGUCACUGUCAGCUAGAAGUAGUGACUCUGGGACCAGGAAAGCCUCUCCCAGCCCACAUGGCCCCGUGCCUAAAACCCCUUCGUCAGGGCUCCAGGCCCCAGGGGAAGAAUCCCACUCUGGCUAAUUCUCAAGUUCUGCGGACAGAACCGGAGGGUCUGGCUAGAGCACCACGUCUGACUCAGCGGGUCGCUGGCUCCCAGCCCGUUGUGGACAGAGAGCCACCCCUGUGAGGGAGGGUAGAAGCGGUAAAGUGCCAGCACCCGGGCCUGCCUGUGGCCUUCUUGCAUGGGCAGGAGCGGGUGGGGGAGAGUCAGAGGUGUGUCCAAGAACAACUUGCUGGUUUUCAAGCCCUUGGCCUCCCUGAGCCGCACAAACAGGUCCAGGCCGGUUCCGCCCAGCCACUGGGCUCAGGGCAGGACAGGUGACGGGAUAAGGGGCAACUUCCUGAAGACAGAUCACAUACCCUCUCACAGCUAGGCCUGGCAGCCCCAUCCCUUCACCCCAGGGUAGGUGCCCGGCUCCAACCACUGGCCUCCUGGUCACAGCCCCACUCUCCUCGAGCCUCUCUUGCCGGGUAAAGGGGGAGUAGAAGCACCAGGGAGCAUCCCUGUGAAGAGGAAGAAGGACCGCCUACAGCUGGGUGCCGCCAGCCUUCUCUACAGGGACCCGCCACAGGGGCACAGACAAGACCCUAGGUGUGCAGGACAGGUGGCCAAGAGACAUGCCCUCCUCACCAGGGCUGGGCAGCUGCUGGCUCGGCCCUCAGCCCAGAGCCCUUACCCCUGCUUCCCUACUAGCCCCCACCUAUUGGGGCCUGCAAGGACUCAAGGGCUUGAAUGGCCAACAAGCUUUGAGGGGGAGUCUGGGCCAUGCCAGGUGCUGGGAACAAGCCAUGGGUGAGACACACAAGAUCCCCACUCUUAAGGUGUCUCCUCUGGCCAAAGAGACAAGUAACAGGAGCAGGUGGUGUCAGUCCCCAUGUAUGCUGUGAUGGGGACAGGGACUGAGGCAUGAUGUGGUGGGCAGGUGGACAGAAGCACCCCACAGAGGUAAGCUCCCCCCAAAUGGUGAGAAGGAGUGAGCAGUGCCACCUGGGGAGGUGGCAUUCCAGAAGGAGGGAAUGGCAAGUACAAAGGCCCUGAGGAGAGGAGCUGUUCCAGAGCAGUAUGGCUGCACUGAGGCCACACAGGUGGUGGGGCCAGCUCUGAAAAGCCGGGAGCCACUGGAACCUGCCAUAAGGCAGCAAAUCUGCUCUUUGCUUUCCAGAGCUUGCCUGACAGCUGUGUGCAGGUGGCUGAGGCAGAGAGAGCAUCUGGUCAGCCACCCCAGACUCCUAGGAUCCCUGAGAGGGGAACCAGGCUCCGCUGAGGCCACAUCUGCCUGCGGUGGUGGGUGGUAGACGGCAAGCCCGGGCUGUCACCAUCUCCUCCUAAAGGCCUGGUCCCUCCCCUGUUCUGGAUUACAGCAGAGGGUGCACCAGGAAGCAAGGUAAAUCGGGCUGAACAUUUGCCCUGGGCCAGUAUGAGAGGUCGAUGCUCUCCACUGAAGCCCAGAGGGGAAUAUGUUAGGAGGAAGCAGGACCUCUCAGAAAAGAAGCCCAAGAAGGGAAGGUGCUGCCUCAGGAGACCCCAACUCUGACUCCUUUAGGUCUGGUACCCCUGCAGAGACAGGCUCGCCAUUCUGGCUUGGGUCACAGGUCAGGCCGGGCCCUGCCUGCACCUGCCCCCCAGGCUGUUCCGAGAAGGGGCUGGCUGCCCUCCAGGCUGCUGGGGGAUUCUGCUUUCUCUCACUGACUUCCCCAGCAGGUGUGGUCUUGCGAGGUACCGGAGCUGCCCCUAGUCGAGGCCACACAGCUGACCCCUGCCCUUGGCCACGAGGCCACCCCUGCGCGUGGAGAAGUUCAGGAGUUCUCACGCUGAAUCAGUGCCUCUGCUUUUUGUGAUGUUCCCUCUUCCCGGAAUGAAGCUUGAGGUCUGGCCGCAGGGCUGGAUCUGCUGGGCCGACAUCCCAGCCCUUGCUGUCUCCUGGGGCUUUUGCUUACUAGGCCUGGCGAGGACAGGGAACCCACUGUCCUGCCAGCCAAGUGCUCCCUUCCACAGCCCAGGAUUCCUUCCUCCCAGCUGUGCAGGGACUCCGUGUUCCUGCCAGAGGUGGAUCCUUAAGCCCUGGGAGAGGCCCGCCCUGCCCCUCCUCCUGGGAAGUGGACACAGGCCAGGGGAGGGUCCGAGGACCAGGCCCAUGCAUUUGUGGGGCACCAAGGCCCCCACCACCUCCGCCUUGCCUGAGGCGCCCCUGAAGCGCAUCAGUCCUGACCAAAGUCGCUCCAGGUGGAAAGUGAAGUCUCAGCAGUGACCUCAGGGCAUUGGGGAACGAAUUGACAGGCAGGCUUUCCUUUAGAGUUUGACGUUCCCCUGGGCAAGGCUGCAGCGGUCCUGUGGGACUCGGAUACUGAGGGAGGCCUCUGUGGGCAGCAAGCCAGAGACCCCUGCCUGGGAGUUGUGACUUGGGAUUUUCCGAUGUCGAGUUUUCUUAAAUAGGGCUCGCCUGCACGGGAGCUGCUCACAACUGCGCACUGUGUGCCAGAGGCAGGGAGCCAGGCAAGGGGUUGGCAGGACUGGAGGAACCUUAUCCCUCCUUGGUGAUGAUGGAGGGUGGGCGGCAUGGAUGCUGAUGGUGACAGUGGCUGCCUCUUACUGAGACCCAUCUGGCCACUGGUCUCAGAGGGCAGGGCCAGGUUACACAAGGCCAUCCUGAGGGGGAUGCAGCCCGAGUCCUGAGAGACAGAUAGAUAAAGCCAGUGGCCAGAGGGAUAGUUGUAUGAUCAGGGAGGGCUUGCCAGAGAAGAUGAUGUUUGGCUGAGCCCCGGGAAGGCACAACUUUAUCAGAGAGGACAGUGGUCUCCUCCGGGGCUCGGAGGCUGAGUCUUUUGUUCACUGUCCCCUCCUGUCCUUGGCACUGAACCUUUAUGGAUUGAAGAAAUGAAUCAAGUAAGAAAUGAGGUUGGGGGCCUUCAGGCGGAAGGGAUGGUAAUGAAAUGGCCAAUGAGCCUCAUAUUUGGAGCCUCCGGUCAAGGUGCUAGAUGAGAACUGGUGGGCCUGCCUGGCCUCUUUUUGGAGGGUAAGGAAGCCUCCCCUUCCCCCAGACACUGACUGCUGCCCUGUCAGCAGGGACAGGAAACGCCUAUCCACCCCCUCCCAGGCAGAACUUCCUGGAGACGGGAGGUCAGACCUGUUUGCAGGGGGACAGCCUCCUGGUUGGCCUCAGGGGAUGUCAGCUGGCCCAGCUUCUGCCCAGCCCCAGCCUCUUCUUGGAGACUCAGUCAGAAAGGGGCUGCUUCUGGCUGGCCCCAGCCU